CUAUCUAAGUACAAACUUAAGAUGCUAAUUAGCUGUAAACUUAAGCAAGUGCCUGUCAUUUCACAAAUUCACUCGAACGUGCAGGACACGUGGCCUAUCUUGGCGCCACCCCGAUGAUCGACGUAUAAAAGGCACCGAUACAAUGCAAUUCCUUUUGACCACUCACCACCACCACCACGAGUAUCUCUGCUACGGCGAUGGAUUCUCGCAACUCCGACUAUGACCCACAACUCGCAGCAGCACUUGAGGAUCGCAUCUUCGUACCCGCCGAGCAAUUCCUGCCGACCCUUCUUCCCCUUCCUGCAGACUGGCGUACGAAUACAACCGUACGGGGCCAGAUAGACGCGAUCAGACGCGAUUCCAUCUUCCAGCUCAUCUCCAAUGAAUACCUCGGGGCCUCCAGCAGCCGUCUAUAUGAUAGCAUGCGUCUGCGCGUGCUCGACCUGACAUCCGGCGCAAAGAUGUCUGUUCGUCCUCAUUUCCUGGAAUAUGCUAUCCGAGAUGAGUGGCUGGACGAUGCGCGAGGCGCUAAAUAUCGCCUUCUGCCAAAAGAAGCGCCACGGCCUACCGAAGGAGACGCUCAGGAUAAGGAUCAGGACAGGAAGGAGGACGCAGCCGAUGACAUCACGAUGGAGGAGGAGGAGGCUGAUACGUACUGCGAUGACCUCUACGAGCGCAGGAAGAUGAUGUUCCAGUGCGGUGAAAAGGCCAUGACGGUUCUCGCAAGAUUGUCUUCGCAUUCUCUGGGACUGCUUCUAUCACCAAAGAAGGCUCAGCCACUCUAUUACGACCGGUCUGCUAUCGUCAUCUGCGAAGCGUUGAACAUUGUGGACAAACAGGGACAACUCACGGAUAUCUUCAUAGCCAUGCUCAUCGGUUUCUCAGCUGUUCCGGAGAGGAGCGGUAUUCCGUCUUUUCUGAGUGCGGAAUAGAAUAAGCUCGUGAUGGAAAGGAAAUUGUGGUGUGUGUGUAUAAUCAAAGCAUGUAUCGUAUGCAGCACCUUCAAGUUCAUCUCUGGACGCG